CUCUCUCUCAUUUCUUCUAUUACCCGUAGAAAAUUCGAAAAUCCCAUCCAAAUCCCGGAUUCCUUGAUUCUUUCAAAGAUCAAAGAGCGAAGGUAUUUUCGGGCGAUAGGGUGAUGAUUUCAGCUUCCUAGAGCGUUUUCCCAGACUCAAUGCAAGAUUUCUCAAGAUUCAGAAAAUAGAAAGAUUUGAGUAGAGAUUGAUAUCUCUCUGUACAACUUAGACAAUGAAGCCAGGGAAGUCUUCUUUGAAUCCAUACGCAGCAUCAUUCGUUCCGCUUUCCAGGCGAGGAAUAAACGAUGAAAAUAAAGCUCAUAUAACAACAUACAGAGAUCAUAAGAGUGAUGGUGGUACUGAAAUCUUCAAUGCAAACAAGGUCGAAAAUAACACCCCCCAAACAAUGUCCGGAGAGUCCAAAAACCCCAUGGAGACUGCACAAAAUGCGCAGAAAUCUAAUAUCCUUGGAACUGAAGAGGAUUGGUCACAGAAGGGCCACAACUUUUACAGCUUUGAAGAUUCAAUGCCACGAGAUAUGAACGAUCGAACUGAAAAGGAGAAUCCAGCUGAAGAUUAUGAGGUGGAUAUGGCAUAUCUUGCAGCUGCAUUUCCUGGUAUCUCGGAGCAGUCCCUCGUCGAUGUGUACUUUGCAAACCAGGGCGACUUGGAGGCCUCGAUCGAGAUGCUGAUACAACUUGAGGGCCAACCUGAUGACUUUCAACGUCUUCCCCAAACUUUGAACAUUGGUGACGUGUCUGACUCUGGCGUUGUGGGCAAUACAUCGGGGGAAUGGAGGGCUAACUAUGGUGAGGCAAGCGGGUCAUCUGGUCCGUCGGAUUCGGUGUUGGGCCCAGUUGGCAAUUGAGAGAAUUUUGCAGACAAUGAGCUACUAGCUCUGCCUGUGAAUUUUGUUGAUUGUGGGUAAGAACUAAGAAAUGGACCUCUUUUUCUCAGCUGCAAAUCUGUUUUUUUUUUUUUUUUUUCAUCUCUUGUUUUUGUGUUGUAAAUCCAAACCGCUGUAUGGUUCUUCUACAGAUUACAGACUGUCUCAAAGGAAAGUUUUUUUUUU